AUGUAUCGAGAAGCUCAUUGGAACUUCUUCUUCCCUUUGAGAUUCUCAUCAUACGGAAGAGCACUAUAUUUUUUCCUCAUAUUCACAGGAAGACUAACAGUAAGAUAUGAAUGGCUCAAUUCACUCCGAAAUACGAUCAAAAUGCUUAGAAAGAAUAUUGGGAAGGGUUUCCUACUCGAUUUGAAAGAAGACUUUGAUGAUGUUCAAAGAGGACUGAAAAACAUAAGGAAACAUAUUCCAAAAGUCGACAACUAUCCCAAAGGAACACUAAUCUUCAAUCAAUGGGAAUAUGAUUACUGUUAUGAAAAACACUUAGAGAUUUACAAUGGGGUUCGUACACGUCAACCCUAUAUUUUGGAUAUGGAUUCAAAGGUAACAGUUAUCAAUAGAGUAAUUGUCGAAGUUACGGAUGAUACAGAUACCGAGAAACAGGAAGUCAAAUCAAUAUGA